GGGCGGUGAUAUUAGAUAUUACUCUGAGGGAAUAGCCCACUUAACCAUGCAGGAUCCUGGUGAGAACAAGAGUUGUAAAGUAGGUGGUGAAGAAGAGGAGUGUGGCCAGCAUACAACUGAAAACCCAGAUGAGCAAGCUAGCUCACAGAUUUCUGAAGCCGAGAAUGACAAUGGAAACUCCCCUCGUGAAAGUCACCCUCAAGAUUCUGGUAGCCAGGCUGUCCAAUGCAGCCUCGACUCAAGGAGCCCUGUAGAGGCAAGAGUUGUGGCAGAACAAGCACCUGUAGCUCCUCAGGAGGAGCAGGUACCAAUUAUCCCAGGACCCAGUGGAGAUGCUGCAACAACAGCUGGAAGUCGACUCCUGGAGUUUUCUGUAACAGUGCCAUUCAGGACUGCUGUGGAGGCAAACAUAGCCUGCAGAUCCCUGGCCUCAAAUGUCCAGCAACAGCAAGUGAUGGUUCAGCAUGAGUUCACCGUGAAUGACAGUACUCUGACUGUGAGGUGGACCACUGAAGAUCCUGUUCUCUUCCGAACAUCCAUCAAUGCCUUCCUUGAUCAGCUUUCCUUGGUGAUGAGGAAUAUCCCACGGCCAGUGUUUAUGGCUGUUUUCAAACAAGGAAGAGGAAGAAAUAAUGAAUCCUAGUGUGAUUUCACCCACAAGACAAGGCAAGGGCAUUUUAGGAUUUGUGUAACUGUCCCUUUGCCUUCAUAUUCACUGUUUUGAGCCUAUCACACUGUAUCAGUCAGUGUUAAUGAAGG